AUGUCGUCGUAUUCAAAUUCAAGGGAGGAAAACAUGUUACCUCAUAUUGACCAAAUUGAGAAUUUCUUCACUAGACCUAAUAAUCAAUUUGAGAGCUUCUGCAGUACUCAAGAACAUAGCACAUUAUUUGGUGUCUCGCCUCCACUUGGUCACGACACAGUGUCGCUAGUUGCUGAGCACAUAUCACCAUUGCCAGUGCGUAACUCGACAAGCGAAAAUUCCGGUAACAGACCUUCCAGCCAUGCAUACACUCGCCGUGGUACAGAGCCCUCGGCACAUUCUCUCUGGAUCACACCAACUACCGACUUCAAGGAGAUCACGAUGCCCGGCGCGAGCCGCGGGCCUUCAUUGCACCCGAUAAAUGACGCGGCAGAACUUAUUGACCCAGUUACUCCUUCUUGCUCAUGGAACAUGGAGCGUAAAAUCGCCUACAUUGUCGAUUGCGCCAAGAUGCUCGGUUUCCGCGACUUCGACUCUGUCGUAACGACCUACUACACCAGCUCGUUUGAAGUCAUGUCUCGAGCUCAUGAUAUGCAGAGGGUCAGCAGGAUCCGUGGCCUAGGUUCUGUUCUUCGGACCCUUGAUGCCAGCGCCGAGGCCUGGCCACCCCACGAGAGCCAAAUCUAUCAGGCUGAGAUUUUCAAAGCUGCCGAGCAUCUUUACAGGGCUGAAUUUCAGAAAUCAAUCGAUAGCGGAGCAUUGAUGGUUCUAGAGGGGCGCAUGAAAGAGAAUGAAAUCAAUGGACAGACGGCGGUUAAAGAUACAUCUCAUAAGAGUGAGCUCUUGUCACAGGUGAGUUGA